UGUUGACGUGGCAGCGUGACAGCCUGGGCUUUCCGCUCAUUUGGCGCUUUUAUAGCUACUAUAAUGAGGCUCGAUAUGGCAAUUGAGAGACUGUGAGGCAUCGCCUAUGUGGGUGGUGGUGGUUAGACUCAGCCUGGCCUCCUCCAUUUUCCGAAAAAGUUCAAUAUCAUUUCUUCCCUCCAUUAUCUUUUCUGCUCAAUUAUUCAAGAGGAAUUGGGAACCCCAUUACGACAAGUGUAAAGUUGUGGUCAAUCAAUGAUAUCAACCUCCUCCUCGUUGUCCUUUCCUUCUGCUGUGUUAGUGCUACAUCGGCCUUUUGAUCUCUGCGUUCCUGAUUCAAACAAUUGAGUACUUCAGCUGCCAUCUGUACAAGACCUCACCGUGUCUUCCUACCCCUUUUCAAGAUAUCACCAUGGCAAGUAUUCCUGUCAGGCCCAAGGCUCACAAGCUCAUCAUAGCCGUUGAUUUUGGUAAGUUAGAAAGCAGAAUUCAGUCCUAAUCUCUCGGAUAAAACUCCUGACGGAAUCAGGAACAACAUUCUCAUCUAUUGCAUAUGUAUAUACAUCAGAUGUGAGCUCAAUCCUAACGCUUAUGGAUAACCUGUCGAGUUACUGACAAGCUCCGAGCCCAACGAACAAAAAGUCGUCAAGUCAUGGCCCGAUUCGAGCCAAAGCACCGAGUUUGUGCCUAGGUGAGCCUUUUCUUUUCCACUUGCGUACAUACUCCCAAGAAUUUCUAACAACUUUCACGCUUGCAGUACCAUCAGGUACAACGAAUACGAUCCCGAGACAACUCCUCCCAAAUGGGGAUAUCAACUAGAGGACGAUGAGCUUAAACACGAGUGGUUCAAGUUAGGUUUGUAUCCUGCACUUGCAAAAACAGCCUUAGCCGAAAAUUACCCCAGUCACACUGCAUUUCCACCAGUAUACGGAAAGGAGUGCGAAAAGAUGGUCACCGAUUAUCUGAGAAGCUUGAAAAAGCAUGCGGAGAAAUACAUUGCUGAGAAGCUUGACGAAGUAUUCCUGAAGGGUAAAAAACCCGAGUAUAUAGUCACUGUACCUGCAGUCUGGUCGGAUCAGGCACAGGCUACAACACGGCGCUGUGCUGAGAAUGCUGGGAUGGGCAGUAGAAAUGACAUGCAGAUCAUUACUGAGCCUGAGGCAGCUGGUAUCUAUGCCCUAAAAAACAUGAAGUUGGGGUUAAAUGUGCAUGACACGUUUGUACUUUGUGAUGCAGGUGGAGGGUAUGUACUCUCUGCUUCCUGCUUAAUAUUGUGCAGUACUUACUCGAAAAAACUUCCAGUACUGUCGAUCUCAUCUCCUAUACUGUGGCAGAGGUAGGAGAGCGACCUUUGAUUUACGAAUCUGCCCCCGGCUCUGGAAGCCUUUGCGGUUCAACUUUUCUCAAUCGAAUAUUUGAUCAUUUUCUCCGCCGAAAGUUCGCUAACUACCCCAAAUGGGACGAGGACUACCACAAAGAAGCAAUGCACCGUUUCGAGAUAAAGAUCAAGAGAGAGUUUAACGGAGAUCUCAAUAAGUCAUUUUUCAUACCGGCUCGUGGGCUUUCCAACAAUCUCCUCCUGGGUAUCCAAUCCGGCAAAGUGGAGUUUACCGGCAGAGACUUGGCUGAGGUUUUUGAGCCGGUGAUGAAAGAAAUUGUUGCACUUGUUGCAGCUCAGAUUCAUGCCACUGACAAGCCAGUGAAAGCCAUACUUUUAGCUGGUGGAUUUGGAUCAAGCAAUUAUUUGAAAAAAAGAAUCGAGAAGAGAGUUGGUGGCAUCAAAGUCGUUCAAAUUGAGGAUGGGUAAGUCUUUUCCGGAAUUUCCAUGCAGGUUGAAGGGUUAUUAAUGGAUCUUUUUCCAAAGUGAUACAGCAAUUGUCAGAGGUGCCCUUAUACGUGGGCUAGUUGAGAAGUCGCCUGGCCUUGCAUCGGUAAGAAUCGAUGGACGUGUGGCGCGAAGAUAUUACGGAGCUCUCGCCGGGGUGCCAUUCGAUCCCAAACGACACGAUAGUUGGAGAAAGUGAGUUAUAAGCAGUUUUUCACUUCAUAAAUCGAUUUCUACUUACCAAUCUAUAAGGGAGCGAGACGGGCUUUUUGGCGGCGAUCGUGUGCAAGAAAUGAAUUGGUUCGUAAAGAAGGUUAGUUGUACUCCUUUGAACUGAGGCGAUUCAAGUAACGAAAAGCUACAGGGUGCCCUGAUACGUGGAAACGACAGGCCUUCAUUCGGUUUCUACUGGAGUGAAGAGGUAUUCCCGGGCUACCCUCCCACGAUUGAAUUGACGUUGUACAAAUGUGACGAUUCAAAAAACGAAGGAGCCCCAUUGUACGCGGACGGAAAAGGUCUGUUGUUCUUUAUCCAUUUUCUCAUGGAUCUUGUCGUAGAACGAUUGAAUGCUAAUAACUUGAGUCGUCAUGUAUAGAGGUCCAAAGAUUUGUUAAGCUUAAAGCAGAUGUGAGAUCUAUGAUGAAAGAAUUUAAGCAAGAACUUGGAGAUAAUGGCAAGAUGUACUACAAACUGGAUUUUGAUCUCGAGAUAGAGUAUCAGUCAGGUAGUCUGAAGUUCUCAAUCUUGUAUAAUGGGAAGAGAUAUGAUACUGCCACAGCAGAGUUUGAGUAGAUAUCAGGCGAUAUCCGUUCCAAUACUAAUAAUCACGGAAUCAAUUUACUACUUUGUUGAUCGUUUCUAUAUGAUAAUCACUCAUUCAAGAACCUUAG